AUGGGCAACAAUGCUGCCACCGCCAACAAAAAGGUGGAUGCCGCCGAGAGCGUCAAGGAAUUUCUUGACCAGGCGAAAGAAGACUUCGAGGAGAAAUGGAAGAAGAAUCCUACCAACACCGCCGGAUUGAAUGACUUUGAGCGAAUAAAAACACUCGGUACGGGAUCAUUCGGCCGAGUUAUGAUAGUGCAACAUAAACCAACAAAAGAAUAUUAUGCUAUGAAAAUAUUAGAUAAGCAGAAAGUAGUGAAAUUGAAGCAAGUGGAGCAUACGCUCAACGAGAAACGUAUCUUACAGGCAAUUAAUUUUCCAUUCCUUGUGAGUCUUAAAUUUCAUUUUAAAGAUAACUCGAACCUGUACAUGGUAUUGGAGUAUGUCCCUGGUGGGGAAAUGUUCUCUCAUCUGCGGAAGGUUGGAAGAUUUUCUGAACCCCAUUCACGGUUCUACGCAGCCCAGAUAGUCCUAGCCUUCGAGUACCUUCACUACCUAGAUCUUAUUUACAGAGAUCUUAAACCCGAAAAUCUAUUGAUAGACUCGCAAGGCUAUCUCAAAGUGACAGAUUUUGGUUUCGCGAAACGCGUUAAAGGCCGUACGUGGACACUUUGCGGCACACCAGAGUAUCUCGCGCCCGAGAUUAUUCUGUCUAAAGGAUAUAACAAAGCUGUAGAUUGGUGGGCGCUGGGCGUUCUCGUCUACGAAAUGGCUGCGGGCUAUCCGCCGUUCUUCGCCGAUCAACCUAUACAAAUUUACGAAAAAAUUGUAUCAGGCAAGGUCCGUUUCCCUUCACACUUUGGAUCUGACCUGAAAGAUCUCCUGCGCAAUCUCCUGCAAGUAGACUUGACUAAGCGUUACGGCAAUCUCAAAGCGGGUGUGAAUGACAUUAAGGGACACAAGUGGUUCGCCAGCACCGAUUGGAUUGCGGUUUUCCAAAAGAAAAUCGAAGCGCCCUUCAUCCCGCGCUGCAAAGGCCCAGGUGAUACUAGCAACUUUGAUGAUUACGAGGAGGAGGCAUUGCGUAUCUCAUCUACGGAGAAGUGUGCGAAGGAGUUUGCGGAGUUCUGA